AAAUAUUUUUUUUAUCCUUUUCCCAUUGCAUAUUUGUUCUGUUUAGUGAAAGUAGCCAUCUCCUUUCCAUGGCGAAGCAAUGUCAAUAGGCCCGCCAAGGUAACUCACUUGAAUCCCCCAUACUUUCUUACACAAAAAACUGGUUAAGACGAUACCCAAAUCAAGAUUGUGGUUCCUAUUUAUUUUUAUGUUUACAAAACCCUUAAACCCAAAUUCAGAUUUUACUAUUCUAUAUGAGAAUUUUUUGCUAGUGCAGAAAAUAAAAUGUACUUAAGGCUCAUCACUGGCAAAGCAGUUCAAGCUUUAUCCAGAAUUCUCUGCAAUGGCAGAUCUCAAUAUUUCUACUCAACAACGUCAACCCGUAUCCCAGCCAAUUUUUUGGUUAAAUACCUAAUUCAUUCUCUAGGAUUUUCCAAAAAAGAAGCAACUUUUACUUCUUCUAAGCUAACUUCACAGAAAACCUUAAAAGAUCCUGAUUUAGUCCUCAAUUUCUUGAAACAAACUGGUUUUGACAAGACCGACAUCAAAAUAUUGGUUUCUAGAGCACCCACAUUGCUAUACCGUGAUGUUUCCAAAACCCUAAAACCCAAACUCCAGUGCCUUAUGGAUCUCGGGUUAUCCGGGUCGGACCUAGUGAAUGUAAUUGCUAAAGAUUCAAAUAUUUUUAUGAGAAGUUUAGAUACUCAUUUAAGACCUACCAUUGAUUGUCUUAGGAGAAUUUUGGGUAGCGACGAAGAUGUAGCUAAGGCUAUAAAGAGAGCUCCUUGGUUGCUCUCUUUUGGUACUCAUCAUAUUAUGGAGACUAAUGUAUUGUUCUUGAGAAACUAUGGUUUUUCUAAUGUCAUAGUAAAAAAGUUUGUGCUUAGAUCUCCUGGUUGUAUUAAUCUAAAGCCUGAGUGGUUUAAGGAUUUGUUGUAUAGAGUGGAGAAGGAUUUCCGAGUUCUGCCCGACUCCCCUAGUUUUCUACGUGGAUUUCAUGUGUUAGCCAGCCAAAAAAAGUCUAUGUUGGAAAGGAAGAUCGGAAUUUUCAAGAGUUUUGGAUGGUCUGAUGAUGAUAUACUCGAGAUGUUUAGGAAGCUACCGUAUUGCAUUGCUAAAUCAGAUGUUAGAAUUCAAAAAUCAUUAAAUCUUUACAUGAAGGAGCUUGGUUUUGAACCUGCUUAUUUGGCUUCGCAUCCUGCAAUUUUGGCCUAUAGUCUUGAAAAAAGAGUGGCACCUCGGAUGCAAGUCUUGAAAAUUUUGGAUGAAAAGAAGCUUGAGAGGAGAAAGUGGACUCUUUAUCGCGUUCUGAUGAUAACAGAGUCAAAGUUUAUAGAGUAUUUUGUGCUUCCCUAUAAGGAUCAGAUACCUUAUCUGUAUGAAUCGCAUAAGAAAACUGUGACGCCUUAACAGUUUUGGUUUACUUUUUAGCACUAAGGGUGCUGUGACCUUUUUAAAAUUAUCAUUUGUUGUCCAGUAUACCUUGCUUUUCGUUUUUCAGUUGGUAUUUUGAAAAA